AUCUGAGACUCAGCACCUCCAUUAUCAAAACCAAAAAAAUAGCAGAAUCUCACCAAUUCAACCCCCCCGGCCCCGAUUCUUUCCAAAGUUUAUCCCUUUUUCUUCUCUUCUUCUUUGUCUUCGAACGAAGUUCCUACAAAAUGAACUGAAUUUAUUUAAAGAAAAAAAACAUUUUUUUUUUAAAAUUAUUCUUUAAGUAUCGUUUAAAGAACCACAUCCCAUUUUUACUCAGUGCUGGGGGUCUUCAGAAAGGGGAUGAAUUUAAAUUAGUGAAAUUUUAGGGUUUAAGAUUGUGAUAAUUUUGUGAGUUGUGAGUUGUGAUUAUGCUUAGGUUGUGGAAAUGGUACCAAAAUUGCUUGGCUGUUCACCCUGUUAAGACACAGGUAAUCAGUUCAGGAAUCAUAUGGGGUGUUGGUGACAUUGCUGCACAAGCUGUCACUCAUAGUUAUUCUACACCUAACACUGCCCACACUCAUCAAAUUCAGGAUGACGAUGACGAAGAAUUCAAGAUCAACUGGAAGCGGGUGGCUACAACCAGCUUGUUUGGGUUAAGCUUUGUUGGCCCAGUUGGCCAUUACUGGUAUGAAGGCUUGGAUAGAUAUAUAAGAUUGAGACUCAUGCUCAAACCAGAUUCCUUCCGCUUCGUUGCCUCUAAAGUUGCCAUUGACGGGUUCCUUUUUGGGCCAUUGGAUUUACUCGCAUUUUUCACUUACAUGGGCCUUUCUACCGGAAAGAGUAUUCCUCAAAUCAAAGAAGAUGUGAAGAGAGAUUUUCUUCCCGCCUUUAUCUUAGAAGGAGGGAUAUGGCCCAUUGUUCAGGUCGCAAAUUUUCGGUAUGUACCCGUAAGGUAUCAGCUCCUAUAUGUCAACCUCUUCUGCUUGCUGGAUAGCUGUUUCUUGUCUUGGAUUGAGCAACAACAGGAUGCUCAAUGGAAAAAAUGGGUGAAAUCUUUUCUACCUCUCAAGUAACACAGAGAAGCAUCAAGUCUUAAUUUAGUGCUUCUCAAUUUCUCACUCAUGUCUUCAUUCCCGGCCUUGUCAAUUUGUUAAAUGUUCAUCUCAGAUUGUACUAGUUUAUAAAAGCCUAUUGAUUUACAAGAUAUGAUUUUCAUCUUGAAUACAAAA